CUGUUCCGCAGAUUGGAAAAAAAAAGAGAGGAAGAAAAGUUGAUUGUAUUUUCUGUUGGGGCCUUCUUUCAAUUUCUGGGUUAAACAUGGCUUCCCCUUCCUCCAGCACCCAGCAAAACGAGGCAUCUACUUUGCCCAAAGCUACACAAGGUAAUAAUCUCGCUCUAAUUAAAAACAUAUAGCUUUGAUUGCGAUUAAUUCUCUUGGGAGAGAUGCGGCCUGCCUGCUCCAUGUCUAAUCGAUUUUUCUUCCAACUAUUUGCUCUUUCUAGUAUCUCUAUACUUAUAAUGUGUUUUAACUUUUAAGUAACUAUUGGAAUUUGGUGGGUGUUUUUUAGUUUCUUGUUUGUUGGAGUGGAGAUUAAUCUCCAAAGCUUCUAGGUUAAUUUUAGCUGUGCGUUGAAGACUUCAAGUGCAUUAAUGGGAGGGAUUAUUGGAUUGAUUAUACUAAGAAAAAAGCGUAUUUCUACUUGAAUGGAAUUAUUCUAUAUAUGUUUAAAAAAAGGUGAUAUAGGUUGAUUUUUAUAGUUAGAUGUUUUGAAGAGUGGUAUUACCACUCUAUCUAUUCUAUUCAUUUAAUUUUAGUUGUGACCUUUCGUUUCAAAAUCGGUGGUAUUACUAUUAGAUCAAACUCUUUUUUCGCAUAUCUAUUUAUCUUAUUAUUCUCUUUUGUAUUUUUAUCUUAAUGAUGGACCUGAGUCUAGUUAAGAAAUACCCAAUAAUAAAGGAAUCGUUCUUUGUGCAUAUCCUUGAUGUUAGCAAUAUAAUAAUUUAUCUCACUUUCUCUUCCCCUGCUAUUCUGCACACGCAAAGAGAACAAACAUCCCAAUAGUAUGUUUAUAACAAUCAUUCUUCUUUUUUCUAUUAUUAAUUAUGAUAAUUUUCCUACUUACGCAUUCUUUUUCCUUCUGUUGUAUUGUUUGUUAUAUUCUUUGAAGUAUUUAGUGCUAAAAAUGUUGCAUUUGCAUUUCAUUGUAGGUAGUGAACAAACGAAUGGGGAAGAUAAUCCAUGCAUCUUCAUACCAUGGCUUUUUUUGAGUACACUCGGAGGUAGCAUGACAGUGGAUGCACUUCUUGAACUGACCAAGUUUGACAAAAAGUUGGGGUACGGUGUUUCUUUCAUAAUCCCUUUCAUCUUCGGCAUGGCACAUGCGUCCUUCGCCCUCUUACCUUGGUGCUCUAGAAAAGAAUUAUCUCGUCUGGGGUCUACUCGAAAAAUCAUAUUGCAGAUGAUUGCUCUACAAGCAGCGUUUUUGGCUAAGCAUUUUUCGCCUAAUUCAGAUCCCAAGGUGUUCCAACUGUUGGUAUGUUUGUCAAUAGAAUUCUAUGUUUGCAUAAAAUUCUAUUUAGUUGCCUGCUAUAUUCGUGGUGUCAGUUUGAGAGAUAUCUUUACGACGGUGACAACACAAAGUUUGAUUUAUUGGACACCUUAUUGGGCAUCGAUUGGCAUCUAUAUAUGCUUUGUUGGCUACAAAUUUUGGGCAAACGACUCCAAUGAAAAUAUGUUGUUUCACAAAGCAUCAGAAGAAGACAUCACUGUUGGAGUCAUUCCCCCACAGAAGAUGGAAACCCAACUUCAGAAGAAGGAAUCAGACCUACUUGCCAUAAUGAUAGACAUACCACAAGACAAUGCUCAAGCUGCUUCUUCUACUACAUCAUCAGGAACCCACAAUGAUAUACUUCUUUCGAUCCAAAAUAAAAUAUAGGGUAUUAUUUUGUCGAGCAAACAAUGUUAUUAUUUAUUAGCUUAUGACCGGACCCUUGGCCGGAUAAUUAGUCCUUUGUUUGGAUGUUUUUUAGUAUAUAUUAGUUAUAGCAUUUCUCUUAAUCCCCUCAUAAAAUUUUAUGGUUUAAAUUAGAACUUUUUUAUCGGAUGGUUUAUAUGACACAAAUUGGAUAUUGAAUAAGAUUUGGUAAACUUGUCACAUCCUUUUUAAAACAAAUAGAAUUUAUUUGCUAGAUUCUUAUGGUCCUAAAAAGUUUGUCUCCACCUUAAAUUAUGGAAAUAAAUUAAUUUUAAUGUAAAAAUUAUUAAUAACAUGUUCUAAAUUACAUUAAUUAUUAAUAAGUAAAAUGCAAUGAGUGAAGUACACUUCAAAUCAAUACAAAAACGGAGCUCUGAGAGAACAUAAAGCGGGAAAAAUAUUCAAUAUAUUAGGAUCAUAAACCUAAUCAUUAAGGAAGAAACAAAUAUUCAAAAUCGAGCUAAUAAGCUAUACAUAUCAUUGAUAUUAAUCUCAAUUUGGAAAAUAAACACUAAUAUCUUACAUAAUUGAUCAAGAAAUUUGAAUGAGAAUCGUGAAGCUUUUCAAGUCCAAUCUUGAAAUAUUUGCCUUGAGUUAUUUACCAAUCAAAACCCCUGUCAAAAGCUAGGUUAGUUCAAUACGUAUCAAAUUGGAUAACAAAUGAGACCAAUUACAUUUUGACGAAAAAAAUAAAAUGGUUACAACCAUUGGCUUGAAAUAUAACAUAGAAAUUUGGAGCCAAAUGCCCCAACUAACUCGAUUUAGAGACUAAUUAUCACCUAAUAUGACAUAAACCAUUGAUCAUAACUCAAAAUUCUUUCUUUUUAGACUCUUUAAUGUGAAAAUAGGGUUCACCACUUUCUAUAUUGUGAAUGGAGUCACAUUAGUGUAUCAUCAGAUGACUUGUUGCUUUUAAGCAACUAGCUUUUUGCCCGGCCCGUUGGCCGGUGAUUUUCAUUUUAUCAUUUAAAUUAAUCAAUUUAUCUAUAUGUUUAAAAUAUUUUAGAUCUUCUAAAUUUUUUUACAUUUGCAUUCAUACGUGAGUAUGCGGUGCGUCUAUAAAUGAAAAAUUCUCAAUACUUAGCACAUUCAUUUAUGAUAUUUCGAUUCUCUUAUCAUAAAUCAUGUCACAAAGAUAUAUCACAUCCCAUGUAGAAACUUAUGUCAAGAUUUGUUAACAACGAUACUCAAUUUUUUUAUCCUAUACAAUAUAUGUCAUUAAAUGAAUCUCGAGUUUGGACGAACUCUCAACCAAUGAUGUUGCAGAUGACGACAACUUAGUUAGAAUUUAUUUUAUAAAGGUACUUCAAUAUUAGAUAAAUUUGGUCAUCCCAAUUGAAAGUUUAUUGUCUUAGUGUAAGAUCAUAUUUGUCGAUCAAGACCUCAAUUUAAUAUCUUAUACUACAAUAUGUACCCAUUGUUAAUUCCUGAAGUUUAAUUUAGACUCACCCUCAACUCAUGGUCGUUGUUUAGAAUCUCGGUCCAAGAUACUCACACAAUGUCGAGGGUUCUAAUCUUAACAUGUUCCACUGAUGUAUAAUUUUCUAACUUAUCAAAUAUGCAUUUGCUAAAAUUUAUUGAUCUUUGGUGCUUGUUUUGGGAUAAAAAUUCCAUUACUUAUACUAAUAUCUUCAUUUUGUUGGUGUAAUGCCACAUCUAUUGUCAAUAUCUAAGCAUGAUACUAUACUCUAAGUAAGAAAACGCUAUAUGGACCACGAAUUAACCAGAUUUGUGGGCAUGAUACUAUACCCCUACUCUUGAUGAGUGAACCCUAGGUCUUAGUUAUCUAAAUUAUAGAAUUUAACCCCCAAGAUUGUGCAUGUAAUUUGUUGGAUAUAUUUUGACGAAUCAUGACCGUUGUUUUUUGUUUAUAAUUAAAUUGAUCUUAGGGUAUGAGAUUUAUAAAUUUAAGACCUAUAUUUUAAUAUUUAAGGGUUUGAGAAUAAUACCAUAUGCCAAACUCCAGUCAAUUCAAGGUCUAGAUAUCAUUUUCUUAUUCAAGGUAUGUCAUAAUAUACAUAUAAAAAUAUAAAGAGUUUAGUGUAUUUUUAAAUGUAAUUAACACAUUUGUUUGACCGAAAUAUGCAAACGGUUAAAAAAAGGGGAAAUAUGAACAAAUGUAAGAGAAAAUAAGGUAUGGAAGCCUGCAUUAUAAGAGAGAAGAAAAGUUGCUUUUUUUUAUCAUCUUAAUUUGUACAACAAGUACUAUAUUAUGGCUUCGUCAAGUUUCUAUCAAAAUGAAGAAAAAAAAUAACUUUUAAAGCAUUUUGCUAUUUAAUACUUGUUUUCGUUGAUAGAUACAGACAUUAGAAAAAGAUAGUGUUUGAUAACUAAAACAUAAAUUAUAGUUGGUUUUUCAAAUUCAAUUGAUUAUCUAAACUUCCUUCAUUAUGACCUAUAUUAAGUUCUAAUAAAAUUAAAAAUAAAAAUUAAUUGAUUGAUUUAAUCAAAUAUAUUUUUUAAAAGAUUACAAUAUGUGUCACUCUCCAAACAUAAGUAUAUUGAUGCUACACAUAUAUAUUGCAAAAAAACUAUUAUUGAAUAGAAAAAAAGAAAAUAUUAAAAGAAAAUAGAGAUAGCUACAUAAAUGAUCAUUAAAAUAAAAAGAAAAAUAUUAAAAGAAGAUAGAUAUAACUACAUUAAUUGAUCAUUAACCAACUUUUUUGUUUGUAAAAGAAAGUGUCCACCAUGGCACCUUGCAAAUUCUCCAAAUGCUUAUAUGGCAACCAACUACUUUUGAAUUGCCAAAUAUUAUAUAUAGAUAGAUAGAUUGAUUUAAUCUUUGAUUUUACAUUGGAGUAACCAUUUUUUUAUAUGUUCCUACAUUGUCUUUCUUUAAUAUUGUCUUGUUAUAAUAUGAAAGAAAUAUAAAAUGCAAGCGAGUGUCAAUUCCUUCUAAGAAAAAAUAUCUCUAAAUAUAGUUUUAGUGAUAAUAAUAACAUAUUCAGCACUAGUCACGGGCCCGGCCAGUUGGCCAGAUUCAAUCACCUAUUACAUAAAUAAUAUUAUCUAAUUGUAUGUGAGAUACGUGGGUUUUGAUAGUAUAAGCAAAUCUAAAAUAGUUGAAACAUUCAAAUUGUUUCAUAUUUGUUUCAAUUUAGUAGUAGUCAUAAAAUAAAUAUUUUAAUUGUAUAAAUACGUAUAUAUGUGUAUUAAUAGAAGUAAAUACUAACUAUAAUAAAAAUAAUUAUUUACAUUAAAAAAUUGGGAAGGGACUUAUUAAAAAAAGAAGUUUCGGUAAAACAAAAAGGAAUAAAAUGUGAGAGAGAAAGAAAAGGAAAAAGCAAUAAUGAUUCCUUGCUCGGUUGCAAUAUGGUUUGGGCUAUGGGUUUAUGAGGGUUGGGCUGAUUACAAAAAUCAACUGCAAUUGAUUGCCACGUGGUUCAAUAGAACGUGGUGGCACAGGUGCCGCACUUUCUUCCGCGGUACCAUAGUAUUGGCCUAAAUAAAAAGGAAGAUAAGAAGGCCCAAAAUAAACAUAAUAUUUGAGUAAAAAGUCCAUAAUCGAAGCAGUAAUCAUGAGACAUUAAUCCAACAAUAAUCCCAAUCUUAGUCGGAUAACAACUCCUCUCCUACUUUGACACAAGAUUGCAGUCUUUCUUGCAUAUAUAUAUAAUACAGGGGUUAUCAACGGAGAUGCAUUGCUGUUCCGCAGAUUGGAAAAAAAAAGAGAGGAAGAAAAGUUGAUUGUAUUUUCUGUUGGGGCCUUCUUUCAAUUUCUGGGUUAAACAUGGCUUCCCCUUCCUCCAGCACCCAGCAAAACGAGGCAUCUACUUUGCCCAAAGCUACACAAGGUAAUAAUCUCGCUCUAAUUAAAAACAGAUAGCUUUGAUUGCGAUUAAUUCUCUUGGGAGAGAUGCGGCCUGCCUGCUCCAUGUCUAAUCGAUUUUUCUUCCAACUAUUUGCUCUUUCUUGUCCACGUCGUGUGUUUUAACUAUUGGAAAUUUGGAAUUUAGUUUGGAAUUAAUGUUGGUGGGUCAUUAGACGUUGGUUUUGUGCGAGUGAUUAGUGUGGUAGGAGUUUUCAGUUUUAUUUGGUUUGUUAGGUUGGAGAUUAAGCUCCUAAGUUUCUAGUUUUGUUUUUUUAGCUGAUUAGAGGUUGAAGUGCAUUAUUGAGAGGGAUUAUUCGAUUGGUUAUACUAAGAAGAAAACGCAAUUGCAUAAUUAAAUCAUUCUAUCUAUUUAUCUUAUUAUUCUCUUUUUUUUUUCUAUUAUGAAUGGGUCCGAUUGAGUUAAACGGACCGUUUGGUAUUGCAUGACUUAUUUGAGACUAGAAAUAUUUGAAUUGUCUACUAUUGUUAAUAAUUUUACCGAAUUCAAUAGUACUUUUUGAUCUCAACUAGUAUCUUACUUUCACUUCACCUGCUAUUUUGCACACAAAAAGAACCCACAUCCCAAAAGCUAUUUUUAAUAGAGAUAAUAUUUCUUUUUGUUGUUUAUUAAGAUAAUUUUCUUAGUUAUGAAUUCUUCUUCUGUCUUUUUAUAUCGUUUGUUUUUUAAGAUAAAUAGCCAUGUUUUUUUUAGUAUUUGUUGCUAAAAAUAUUGUUCCCUUUUUGUUGUAGGUGGCGAGCAAACAUAUUCAGACAUGGAAACCUUUAUCCUGUCCACACCAUGGGUUUUAUUGAGUGCACUUGGAAGUAGUAUGGCCAUGAUUGCAAUUCUUGAACUCACAAAGUUUGACAAAAAGUUGGGAUUCAAUGUUUCUUGUUUAAUCUCUAUUAUCUUCGGCUGCAUACAUUGUUUCUCCAUGGUCUUACCUUGGUCAUCUAGAGAUGAAUUGUCUCGCUUGGGGUCUAUUCGAAAGAUUAUAUUGCAGAUGAUUGCUCUACAAGUAGCAAUGUUGGCUAAGCAUUUUUCUCCUUAUUUAGAUACCAAGGUGUUCCAAUUAUUGGUAUGUUUGACGGUAGAAUUUUAUACUUGCAUGAAAUUUUAUUCAGUUGCUCUCUAUAUUCGUGGUGUAAAUUUGAGAAAUGUCUUCGCGACGGUGACAAUACAGAGUUUGAUUUAUUGACCACCCUAUUGGGGAUCCAUUGUCUUCUACGUAUGCUUUGUUAGCUACAAGUUCUGGACAAGCGGCUCCAAAAGAAAAAUAUUGUUUCAUGAAGCGACACAAAAAGAUAUCAAUGUUGGAGUCACUCCCCCACAAGAUAUGGAAACCCAACUCCAGAAGAAGGAAUCAGAACUGCUUGCCGUUAUGAUAGACAUACCACAAGACAAAGAUUGAACUGCUUUGGCUACUACAUCAGCAAACCACAAAGAUUGAACUGCUUUGUGGACCAAACAAUAUUAUUAUGUAUGCAUUAUUUUUAUCUUUUGUAGCAAGUACUCUUUAUAUCUAUUGAUCCGUUUAUAUGCUUGGAUGUGGAAAAAAUAAGCCGAGCACUCACGGUGAUGGUCGAUGAGCGUCAGGGGAAAUAUUUCCUCUCCUCCUCUCCAACGCGAAGCCACCCAGAUCCAUCUCUUGUUCUCUCAUCUACCUGAUUUUGUCCUCGAUCGACGAACACAGAGGCGGCAGAUUAUUGAAAUAAGUUAUAAGGAUAAAUAACAUAUUGUUGCAACAAAUCUUAAGCUUGCAUCUGCUGCAUUUGGAACUUAGACGAAGAGGGAGAGAGGAGUGGGUAGGAAAGAUGGAGAUUGGUAGGGCACAAAAAGGUCUAUUUAAUUUGGGGUUAAUGUCACAUUUGGUCACUGUGAUUACUAAAUUGUGUCAAGUUUAGUCACUAGAAAAAAUUAAUAUCAAAUUUGGUCACUCUAAUUACUGAAACAGGUCACGUUUAGUCACUCUCCGUUAGUCUCCGUCCAACUCCGUUAAGGGAGUCCGUUAUGUGCUGACGUGGCUAACGGGAGCGCCUAGUCAGCACCAUUUUGGGUCAGAAAUGGUCAAACCCGACCCGCCACGUCACUAAACCCGCCAUGUCAUACACCCAACCCACUAACUCAACCCGACCCAAAACCAAACCCUCACCCACUUAACAAAACAAGAUUGGAAAAUCGAUCGGGUUAGUGGCCAUUUCAGACCAAAACCAUUUCUCCUUCCUCGCUUUGCUCCUUUCUUGAAUCAAUCCCCCACAAAUAAAUCCCCAAAUUCGUCAAAAACCGGAAUCCCUAGAAGCACGUACGUUCGAUUGAAGCAAGCUGGCGAUAGCUCGAUGGAAGAUCCAAAUGAAGAGUAUCCAGAACUCGACGAACUGGCAGGUGACUUACUCUAAGCGCAGCAAAGGGUUCUUCAAGAAGGCCAACAAGCUCACCGUCCUCUGCGACGCCAAAGUCUCCAGCACCGGCAAGCUCCACGAGUUCAUCAACCCCGCCGCCACGUCAGUCUACAUCACCUCUACUUUCAUUCAAUCUCUCCCUUCCUCUUUCCGAAACCCUAGAUUUCCGAUUCCAGAUGAGAGCGAGCUGAAUCCGAGUUGAUCAGUCUUCGUCUUCGUCUCGGAAGUUUCAAUCCAAGCUUGGAUAGCACAAUUUUUCAAUCUUGUUGAGCUGAGCGUCGGAUUUUUGCUUUUGUUUUUGUUUGUGUGGUUUGGUUGGGAGCGCAGAAGCAAGGGGAUGUUGGAUCAGUGCCAGUGAGCUCUCGACGUAGACAUCUGGAUUACUCACUACGAGGUCAAGUCUCUCUUCAUCUACUUCUUCCCUCCUGUCAUCUUCCAUGUUUGCUGAACGAGAGGACGGACCUCACUCUCCCUCUCCCUUAAUCAAUCUCUUUGUACGAGUGCAGAAGAUGCAAGGUCAAUUGAAGGAGAUUUUUUAUGAUGAAUUUGGGGAUUUUUUUGUGGGGGAAUUGAUUUGAGGAAGGAGAAAGGGUUUUGGUCUGAAAUGGCCAAUAACCCGAUCGAUUUUCCAAUCUUGUUUUGUUCAGUGGGUGAUGGUUUGGUUUUGGUUCGGGUUGGGUGUAUGACAUGGCGGGUUUAGUGAUGUGGCGGGUCGGGUUUGACCAUUUCUGACCCAAAAUGGUGCUGACUAGGCGCUCUCGUUAGCCACGUCAGCACAUAACGGACUCCCUUAACGGAGUUGGACGGAGACUAACGGAGAGUGACUAAACAUUACCUGUUUCCGUAAUUAGAGUGACCAAAUUUGAUAUUAAUUUUUUCUAGUGACUAAACAUGACACAAUUUAGUAAUCAUAGUGACCAAAUGUGGCAUUAACCCAUUUAAUUUGGGUGUUCGAAAUCGAAACCCACGACCUUGUGGAAGUCUGGCAAAAAUUGUUAACUUCCACCGAAUGAAGCAGAUGCAAGCUUGGGUAUUGCAAAGGGAGACAAAGGUGGGUACUGGCCUACUGGGUAAGGGCAUAUAUGAUGAUUUUCUCAAAGUACAGGAGCAGGGGCAUGUUUGACGUAAAAAAUCGUAGAGGGUUAUGUUUGAUAAAACACCAUAAUAAAGAGGCAUAUUAUACUCGUAACCCUAAUCUCUAGGAUUGUUC